UCCUCCAUAAACAGGUAGCAUAUAAUUAAUGACAGGUUACUUGUGUGUAGGUGCUUUGUUCAUCAAUCUAUGCAGCUUUGGAUCAGAUAAACAUGUUCAUCGUGUGUGUGUUUUGGUUCCUGGUCAGCAGACAAUGAACCAUGUCCUCCUGUGUGGGGAAGUCCAGAGGUAAAAACCCAUACACGGCUGUUCAGGUGGACCCAGACAGUGAUUACAUCACACCAGGAACAUUAGACCUGGAGCAGCUGUUCUGGACUGGCACUGGGGCUCAAUAUGCACACGUCAACCAAGUUUGGCCUGGUGUCUUCAUCGGGGAUGAGAAGACAGCUCUGGAGCGGCCUGGCCUGAGGGAUUUGGGUAUUACACACGUCCUGAAUGCAGCAGAGGGGAAGUGGAACAAUGUGCUGACUGGUACUGAUUACUACACUGACAUGAACAUCCAGUACUAUGGUGUAGAGGCUGAUGACAAACCUACCUUCAACAUGUCCCAGUACUUCUAUCCUGCAACCCAGUUUAUCCAUGAGGCCCUCAGUCACCAACAAAAUAAGGUGCUGGUUCACUGUGUGAUGGGUCGGAGCAGGUCAGCGACCCUGGUCCUGGCAUACCUGAUGAUGAAGCACAAUUUGACUGUGGUGGAUGCUAUUGAGCACGUACGACAGCACCGUUGUGUCCUACCCAAUCACGGCUUCCUCAAACAGCUCAGAGCUCUGGACAUUAGCCUGCAAGAGGAGAAGCUGCAACAAAAAAGACAAAUACAAGACGAAUAA